AUGUCCAUGAACGACUCUCCCAGCAAGACCAACGGUCAAUUCAACUCCAUGAAGGGGUCGAUGAUGGAAGGCGUCGGCAACCUCACCGGCUCGACCUCCUGGCAGAACUCCGGCAAGAAGGAGCACACCGAGGGCGAGACCGAGUACAAGGCCGCCCAGGCCAAGGGCUAUGCCGAGGGCACCAUGGAUCGCAUGACUGGCAUGAAGGACUCCGUCGUUGGUGCGGUGACGGGCGAUAAGAUGCAGCAGACUGAAGGCAACAUGACGAGGGACAAGGGCAAGAUGCAGCAGGAGGUCAACAAGCCUGAGUGA